AUGGUGCUGGGUCAGAAUGCAAGCGCAGAAAAGAUCCUCUGGAGCUUGCUUGAUGAUGACCAUGUGGCAGCAUCCCGUGCUCAGUUGUCACUUCAACAGUCUACCACAACUUCGGCCGAGUCAUGCAUCAGCACGCACAUGGCAAGCAGCAGUCUGUUUGCAACCUUCAUCCCUAGCGUUUCUGGCACAACCCGAAGCUUACGCACGUGCGAUGAGUCGCUUCAAGCUUGCUUCCAGGUGGAUCUACAGCCGGGUGCGGGGAAGACACCCUGUGGCCUCGUCAAGCCUGAGCUCCACCUGCCGUCAGGUACCAUCGUGCGUCCGGGCCCUCGGAACAUCAAACAGACUCGUUUAGUCGUAGAUGAUUCACUUCGGUGGUUGAUUAUUGGUAUGUUGUUUUUGGUUGUCAUGGUUGUUUGGUGUUCGGUUGGUUUGGAUGUGCUGAGCUGGUGA